AUGGACCUGAUAAAAGCUGCUAGGCUUUUGAAGACUGCUGUUGGGUUAUCUCAAUGCUACGAAGGUUUAGUCAAGGAAUUUAUUGUUAAUAUUCCCGAGGAUAUUUCUGAUAAGAACAACAAGGAGUUCUAUAAGGUGUAUGUGAGGGGUAAGUGUAUAACAUUCUCUCCUGCUGUUAUUAAUAAUUUUCUAGGCAGAAACAAUGAGGGUGUAGGAGAAUUAGAAGUCCCUACCAGCCACAUCUCCACCAUUGCUAAUACUCUUGGGAGGUUUAUUUUUGAUAUUGGGACAAAAGUGAAAUUUGACUAUGGUAGAUUUAUGUUUUAUCAAAUCAUCAAGCAUGCAACUAGUAAUGCAGUUAAGCUGCCAAUUGCUUUUUCCUCUAUGAUCUAUGGAAUUAUCUUGAACCAACAUCCUGAUAUUUUGUGCUUAAAUGAUUUACCUAGUAGGAGAAAACCAGCUCUGUCUGUGCACUACAAACUCUUUGAAGGCAGUCAUGUCGAGGAUAUUGUCAUGACAUCUGCCAUGAAGAGACCAACCUCAAAAGUUGGAGCAAUUGUUGAGCUUAAGGAGACAUGCAAAGAGCUAGGUGAAGGGAUUAGGGUAGCUACAACUAGAAUACAAUCUUUGGAAGCCUUGAUUGCAAGCUUCAAGCAGGCUGAGGGUGAAAAUGUUCAACAUGCUAAUAUCAGCCAUGAAGAAGAAGCUGAAGCCCACACCUCUAGUGAGAGGUCUUCUAACAAUGAUGAUGUGAGUGGCAAUUCUCCUUCUAGUGCUGAUGAAGAGGCUGCAAACUAA